AAAGAGUUUGGUUUGGAUCAUAUAUAAAAGCAUACACAAAACUGCGAAUAACAAAACCCUAAUUCUUACCUCCAUUUCCUUCCUUCCUUCUCCGAAGCAGAGAAAGAUCAAAUAUGCCGGCAGGUCACGGAUUGAGAGCAAGAACAAGGGAUCUCUUCGCAAGGGGAUUCAGGAAGAAGGGUACCAUCCCUAUCUCUACAUACCUCCGAACUUUCCAUAUCGGCCAGUAUGUUGAUAUCAAGGUGAAUGGCGCUAUUCAUAAAGGUAUGCCACACAAGUUCUACCAUGGUCGUACUGGCCGUGUCUGGAAUGUUACUAAGCGUGCCAUUGGUGUUGAGGUCAACAAACAGGUGGGCAACAGAAUCAUUGCCAAGAGGCUUCAUGUCCGCAUCGAGCACGUUCAAUCGUCUAGGUGCCAGGAGGACUUUAAGCAGAGAGUAAAGAAAAACGACGAGCUCAAGGCUGCUGCUAAAGCCAGAGGUGAAGUUAUCAGCACAAAGAGGCAGCCCAAGGGUCCUAAGCCAGGAUUCUUGGUCGAGGGUGCCACCAUCGAGACUGUUACUCCUAUUCCAUAUGAUGUUACGAAUGAUCUUAAGGGUGGAUACUAGAAGGCCCCCUCUUAUGCUUUUUUGCUUGUUACCAAAUUUCUUGGUUGUUUUUUUUUUUUUUUGAAAUAUUUAGAAUUUGUGCAAACUUUUGUCAAGUCUUGAAGACUGAACUCUGUUUUUGUUUAGAAAGAUGGAUGAUUUGAUUACAAAUAAGGGUUUGUUCUUGCCUGUCUCUUUUAUUUA